AUGGCGCUCGAUCACGGCAAGUACACGCUGGUGGCGGAGGACGAGGCGUCCAGCGACGCGCGCGGCGUGCGCCGUCGCCUCGGGAAACGCAUGGCCGCCGUCGCGUCCCUCGCGCUUUGCGGCGCGGCCGCUACUGGAAAAACGUUCGCGCUGAAGACGUACCCGGCGCUGGUGGAGGACGGCGGAGACCUGGUCGUGUCCUGGGAGGGGGAAGCGGCCUCCCCUCUGACCAGCAGAGACUACUUGACGCUGAGUUGCGGCCCCACGACGGGGGAGGGAGACUACCUGCAGAAGAAGGGGGUGAAGGAGACAGAUGCUGACGACCACUCGGUCAGAUUUUCAGAGCUCUACAUGUUGAGGUGCAACUACACGGCGGUGUACUUCAACUACCAGGAGAACUCGGGGAAGUUUAUGGGUAUUGCGAAGGUGGAGGUGGGGAUGAAGGAGCCGUUUGAUACGCCCAAGCACGGUCAUCUGAGUCUGACAGACGAUGACACGGCCAUGGCCAUCAUGUUCAAUACGGCGUCGUCCAAGACGCCCAUGGUGAAGUAUGGAGAGAACCCGCAGGAUCUCAAGCACCAGGCGACGGGGACGUCGACGACGUACGGCGCGGAUGAUUUGUGCCACGCCCCAGCAAACGUCCUAGGGCAACGGGCGUUCCGUGACCCUGGCUACAUGCACACGAUCAUUAUGAAGGACUUGAAGCCCGACACGUACUACUACUACCAGUACGGCCACGAGGAGUAUGGCUUGAGCCACGUGCGUCGUUUCAAGUCGCGGCCUCCAAAGAGCUCCAAGUACGCAAACUUUAUCGCGUAUGCAGACAUGGGCACGUACGUUGAGCCUGGUUCAGCCUCGACUGCUGGACGCGUCUACGAAGAUGUGAUCGGAGGUGGAUACGAUUCUUUUCUCCUGCAUUUUGGUGAUAUCAGCUACGCUCGAUCGGUCGGAUACCUUUGGGACCAGUUCUUCCAUAUGAUCGAGCCUUACGCCACCAGGCUGCCGUAUAUGGUGGGCAUUGGAAAUCAUGAAUACGACUACAACACUGGUGGAAAACACGACCUCAGCGGUGGUAUGCUUCCGUACGGAGGCAGCUUCAAUCCGUCAUGGGGGAACUUCGGUAUUGAUUCGGCUGGAGAGUGCGGAGUACCGAUGCACCACCGAUGGCACGCACCCAAGACGGGGAACUGGAUUUACUGGUAUAGCUUUGACUACGGCGGUGUCCAUGUGAUUCAAAUGUCGACCGAGCACAACUGGACUCGAGGAUCCGAGCAGUAUGAAUGGCUUCAGCACGACUUGGAGCAGGUCGAUCGCAGCGUUACCCCUUGGGUGGUGCUUACGGCGCAUCGCAUGAUGUAUACGACACAGAUGAACAUCGAGCCCGAUAUGAAGGUGUCGUACAAGUUCCAGGAGGAAAUUGAAGACCUGAUUUACAAGCACCACGUGAACUUGAUGAUGGUUGGCCAUGAGCAUGCGUACGAGCGCAGCUGCCCCUUGUAUCGCAAGGAGUGUGUUGCUGACGGUAAGGGUACGGUGCAUGUCGUCGUGGGAUCGGCCGGCUAUCCGCUCGGGACGGAGGACUUCUCUUCGAAAUACGGGAACUGGAGUCUCCGUCACGUCAAUGACUACGGAUAUCUUCGGAUUGCUUCCAGCCCAGCGGACAUGCGCGUCCAAUUUGUGCUCAACAAGAACGGUAACGUGUAUGACGAGUUCACCAUUGAGCCCUGGAAGUAG